AACCGGCCGAGGGGGCGGGGCUUUGUUUGGGGGCGUGGCCUCUGCGCGAGGGGCGUGGCCUUGACGGCGCGGACCCUGCCGUGGCUUAUUUGGGGGCGUGGCCUGACGUGUGAUUACAUCAAGGGGCGGUGCCUCCCCUUGGCGGGCUGCUCGCGCGGUGCACGCCGGGAGCUGUAGUCCGGCCCCUCACAGUGCGCAUGGUCAGCAAUGCCCGCGCGCGGUGCACGCCGGGAGCUGUAGUCCGGCCCCUCACGGAGCCCAAGGGCGCGCGCGGUGCACGCCGGGAGUUGUAGUCCGGCCCCUCACGCGGCGCCGGGAGCGGGAUCAGCCCCGGGAGCAGAACCGGCAGCGGUACCGGCAUGGCGGGGCUGGAGCUGGUGUCGGACGCGGGGUUCCGGGCCGAUGGGCGCCGGCCGGAGGAGCUGCGCAAGGUGCGGGCCCGGCUCGGGGUGCUGGCGCGGGCCGACGGCUCGGCCUACCUGGAGCAGGGCAACACCAAAGUGCUGGCGGCGGUGUACGGGCCGCACGAGGUGCGGGGGUCCCGCUCCCGCGCCCCCCCGGACCGGGCCCUGCUCAGCUGCCGCUGCAGCUCCGCGCCCUUCGCGGGGGGAGGGGAGCGGCGGCGCCGCCCGGCGCAGGGCGGGGGGGACCGGAGAUCGGCGGAGAGAGCGCUGCUGCUGCGGGGCGUGCUGGAGGGCGCCGUGCUGGGGCAGCUGUACCCGAGAUCGCAGAUCGACGUGCACGUACAGGUCCUCCAGGCGGACGGGGGCGAGCUGGCGGCCAGCGUGAGCGCGGCGGGGCUGGCGCUGCUGGACGCGGGCGUGGCGCUGCGCGGCGCCGUGGUGGCCGGAGCGGCCGGGCUGGCCGAGCCGCCGGCCGGGCCCCCGCUGGCCCUGAGCGACCUGAGCGCGGCCGAGGAGGCGGCCGGCGGCCCCCGGCUGGUGGUGGCCGCGGUGGGCGGCGCCGGCCAGCUGGCCCUGUGCCAGCUGAGCGCCCGGCUGCACCAGGAGCGGCUGCGGCCCGUGCUGGACGCCGCCACGGCCGCCUGCCGCCGGCUGCAGGCCGUGCUGGACGGCGUGGUGAGGGCCCGGCUGCGCCAGGACGCCGCCAUGGAGCAGUGAGUGACCAGCGGAGUGACCGCUGCGGUGAUCACUGCAAGGACACGGCCGUGGAGGAGUGACUGACCACAGGGACUGACCAGUGACUACCCCAGGACACAGCCGUGGAGGAGUGACCGCUGCAGUGACCACCCCAGGACACGGCCAUGGAGGAGUGACUGACCACAGGGACUGACCAGUGACUACCCCAGGAUGCCGCCAUGGAGGAGUGACCGGCACAGGGAGUGACCACUGCAGUGACCACUGCAAGGACACAGCCAUGGAGCAGUGACUGACCACUGGGACACCAAGGGGACAUUGCCAUGGAGCAGUGACCACUGCAGUGGCACCAGCAUGGCACAGUGACCACAGUGACCACUGCAAUGGCACAGUGACCACAGUGACCACCCCAGGACACGGCCAUGGCACAGUGACCAGCAUGGGGACACUGCCAUGUCCCUGUGGUCAGUAGGGACACCACCAUGGCCAAGUGCCCAAGGAGAUGCUGUGGUGACCAGCUGACCCCUGGGAUGUCCAGUAUGACCAGUGCAGUGUCCAGCUGACCCCUGGGAUGUCCAGUGCAGUGACCAGCUGACCCCUGGGGUGACCAGUGCAGUGUCCAGCUGACCCCUGGGGACCCCGUGGGUUUUGGGGGUCACCAUGGCAAUAAACUGGGGUGUGUCACUGUGUUCUGUCA